AUGGACAUUUUCAACACCCAAGACUACAACAGAAAUGAGCCUAAUGACUCGGAUUCGGAGUCAGAAGCUCCCUUCGAAACCUCUUCGGAUUCUUCAACAGAUACCAACUCAAAUUCUCCGAGUGGUGUUAUGCCACAAACUCCAUUCAGCAUUAGCUCUGAAAGCACACUGUACGAAAUAGAAGAAGAACAUUUACUUGAGCAUCCUAGUGCCUCCAGCAUUCAGCCCAAGGUUAGAGAAGUUCUCAAGUACCUUGACUCAAAAAACUUCAAGAUAAUUGACUUUCUUGAUGGCUUAAGCUGGGGCGACAUGGCAUGCACUCAAGAUCCCAAAAUCCGAACAGAAAGAAGUCUUUUAUUGAACUCUCCAAAGCUUGGUGAUAUUCUCCAUAGGUGGUGCUGUCCUCCAAGACCGGCAGGCUCUAGCAAAGCUCGUCCUAAAGGAGCCUUUCCAACUAUGCAUGAAUUUGCAGUUGGUCAUAUUGGUAAGGAGGUUGAUCAAGAGCUCGAACAAAUUUCAGCUCUUUUAAAAUCACCAACAGCCAUAGAUGUUGAGGAAAAUACUCUUACAAACACCAGCUUUGAGAAGAUUGCAGCUGAAAUGGAGAAAAGUAUGCCUACUCUAUGGAAGCUGCUUGACAUCUUUCUUUAUCGUAACUCGCAAAGAAAACGGAAUCAAACAAAAACAUCAUCGGAAAAGAUUAAAGUCAUUUUUAUAUCGGUUCUUUCGUAUUCUCGCUCCCAUCACCGCAACCGAUUUCAAAAGCUCCUCGCAAUAUAUCUGAAGUUUAAAGGCAUAUCAGCAAAAGGAUUUGAUACGCUCCAUGCCAUGGGACUUACCAUGAGUCACAAAUGGACUUGUGAUGUUGUCGAGCGAAUAUCCACCAAUUGCAUGAAGGAAGUGCAGGAAUUAAUCAAUAAUGUUCCGUCACUUCUUUCAUAUGAUAACUUACAACUUGCACUUCGAGUUUUUUCGCAACGUCUAGACCACCAAGGUGAAUUCGGAAACGGAACCGCUGCAACUGUCUAUUUCAAGCGCGACGCAAGAAUGUUUACGGAAAUCACCAAUAAAAACCUUCAAAAACAUAGAGCUCAGGGCCAAAAAAAUCCUCUUACUGCUCUCGACAUUCUUCUGCUAGGGCAGUCAUCAGCAAACUGUCUACAAGAAUUUGCAAUACAUUAUAUCCUGCGCUUCCUCCUCGACUCACCGGAAUUCAAUAUCAAACUUUAUGGUGCUCGGAAUAGUCCAUUAUUUAACGCCCCACCACCAGUUGAUGCGCUGCCUUGUGGUCCAGCACACCGUACCUUGCAGUAUCUGUUAGGUACAGUUAAUAUUCCCAAAGCAAGUUACGAAGAUAAUGAGAGGCUCGUACGGGAAUGGAUUAGCCAGCUUGGGUGGAACACAUUAGAGGAACAUCAAAAAACUGGUCAGCAACGGCUUAUGGUAUGGUGCGGAGAUCAGCUUACAGUUGACCGGCUUCGAGGAUUGUUCAAAUUUCAUGCCGAAGACAACAAUAGCUUUGAAAGACUUGAUUUUUCAAUAUUUGUCUUUGGUUGGCUGCACUGUCAAAUGGCCUUCGCAAACUCGCUAUACAAACAAUAUUUCGGAACUACCCAGGGACGCGGAUUGCACCAGGCCUUUGUUCUUCUUCAGAAAAAAGGCUUAUCAAAACUGCAAACAAAAGGCCCAUUCCAUCAUGAUCUUCAAGAAACACUUUACGAAGUAGCAGAAGCUCACUUUCUCGAGGAUUGGUUGGAAGUUACCAAAGCACGGAAUAUAGCAGAGCUUCGGAAUUACACACCUUUGGAGCUGGUUACCCAUGCAAAACAUAUUCUGGUUCACCGUGCAUCAAGCCAAGCUCUAAAUGCCAUGGAGCACAGAAAGGAAGAAGAUCGCGAUGAACAGUUGCAGCAAAUCAUCAUGUGGAAUUGUGACAUACUUCAGUACAUUAUUCUUGACCAUGCAAUCUCAUCCGGUGAUGUGGGAUUAAUUGAACAUAUGCUUCCAUACCUAUUUUUCCAAUUUCAUGGUGGCGGAAAUGGAAAAUAUGCAACGGAGAUCAUUGAACUUCUCCAAGGAUUACACCGUGAAUGGCCACCUGAGGUCUGUGAUUUUGUGCGACAUCAUUGCUGGGUAAUCAACACCACAGGAAAGCCAAAUAUGUUCUGUGCUGUCGACAAAGCUCAGGAACAUAAUAUCAAAGAUAUGAAGGUGACAUACCGGUCUGAAGGGCCAAAUAUCAAAUGGGAAUACUUCAAAAAACUUCAUCCCGCUAUCCAUAUCAUCCGGCUUGUGACUGACCAUAUUGAAAAAGAAUUUGGAACCCUAGCACGGGCUCGUAUCAAGAAUCAGGGUAUCACAAAUAUCAUUGAGGCCGAAAAAUAG